AUGUGUGACACAGAGGAGUUUGUGGAGGACUAUGAGGAUGAACAAGAGGAGGUGAACGAAGAGGAGGAGUCCGAGGAAGGAGAAGCUGAGGAGGAAGAGGAAACACAAGAGAAAAAGAAAGAGGAGGAAGAUGAGCAGGAACCAGAGGAACCAAAGCUCAAGCCUAAGAUGUUUGUUCCCAACAUUUCAGCGCCAAAGCUGCCUGAUGGAGAGAAGGUAGACUUUGAUGAUCUCCACCGUAAGAGACUGGAAAAGGACUUCAAUGAACUGCAGAGUCUCAUCGAGCUGCACUUCAGCACCAGGCAGAAGGAGGAGGAUGAGCUCAUGGCUUUGAAGAACCGCAUUGAACGCCGUCGGGCCGAUCGUGCGGAGCACCAACGCAUCAGAACCGAGCGAGACCGAGAGAGGCAGGCAUACCUGGCUGAGGAGAGGGCGCGGCGCGAGGAGGAGGCAGCCAAACUGCGCGCUGAAGAGGAUGCCAGAAAGAAGAAGAUCCUCUCGAACAAGGGCUAUGGUGGGUACAUUCAGAAGGUGGAUCAGAAGAAAGGCAAGAGGUUGACGGAACGCGAGAGGAAGACCAAGGCUCUUAUUGAGCGUCGAAAGCCCCUCAACAUUGACCAUCUCAACCAGGAGAAGCUGGGAGAGAAAGCCCUCGAUCUGUGGAAGUGGCUCAAUCAACUUAACGCAGAGAAGUUCGAGCUGACAGAGAAGCUAAAGAGGCAGAAGUAUGACAUCAUCGUCCUGCGUAACCGUGUUAGUGACCAUCAAAGGGGAACCAAGGCAACCAAGAGCUCCAGGAAGUCUUGGAAAUAAUUUUCUUGGAUUAAAAGAACAGAAAAAUGUUUGUUGGAAUCACAAUUUCAAGACUCUGACUGAAAUUUCCAGAACAUUAAUUUUUCUUUAGUUUACAAAUACCUUUCGUAAG